AUGGACAGCGAAGUAGGUUAUGAUGAUCGCUUGGCAGCCUUGUGUAGAGAACUGGGCAACCUCUGGUCGGAAGACGAUAUAGUGUUAUUGAAAGGCGAGAUCCCUGUAGAAAAACAAAUAGAAUGUGAGCUAAUGUUGUAUGGGAAGCUGAUUUCGAAACCAAACAUGAACUAUCAAGCUUUCCUAAGUACGAUGAAGAGAGCUUGGAAGACCGACAAGGUAGAGUGCGAGUUAAUUGAGCCGGGGUUCUUCUCUUUCUCGUUCAGUUCAAUUAAGGAAAAAAUGAGAGUUUUGGAAGCAGGACCAUGGUCUUUUUCCAGUAACUUACUUGUACUACUACAAGGUGACCCGGAUACUCCCGACCAUUGCUAUGAAUUCUCUCAUUGUGCCUUUUGGGUACACCUAGUAGGCAUCCCACGUGGGAGGAUAUCAAAUGAAGUGGCUCGGGAGGUUGCAGGGAAAAUUGGCAAUGUUCUAGAGGUGAAAUUUGAAUCUAAAGGAGGCAGCCCAAACAAGAGCUGCAAAGCAAGGGUCCAAAUGGACCUCUCCAACCCUUUGAAAGCGGGGACCAUCGUAGACCUGGAGUACAAAAAACUUUGGGUGGACUUUAGAUAUGAAAGACUACCACAUUUCUGCUAUACUUGUGGCCGUAUAGGGCAUUAUGCUACAUGCUGCAAAGUGGUGCCAUUUGAGGAGUCGGGGCCAAACAAAAAUACAAGGGGCAAAUUCGGACAAUGGUUGAGAGCGGAAGUACGCGAACCCAGCCCUUUUUGGAAGAUCUUUUACGGAAAGAAUAAUCCUAUGCCUGAAGAAGAUGUUAUUAUUCCGGAAACACCAAGGGAUCUAAUCCCUAGGGAGUUAGUGACGCCUAGAGCUAAGGAGAAGGAAGUAGCUGGGCUGCUUGGGGACAAACCACACACUGAGAAUCCAAGGGGACUGAACCCACCAGCUGAGUUGUCAGAUGAAAAUCAGCAAGGCCUUGAUAUACAAGAUUCCCAGAUUACCCUCUUUCAGUCGACAAAGAAGGGUAAGUCAGCAAAGCUUUCAAGGAUGGAGAAGAUCGGACUGAAAUCCUUUAAAAAGGUGGCAGCAGCGAAGAAACAGAAAAAAUUCAUCCCACUUGGUAUGUGUGAGAUUCUCAACCAACCUUUUAACGAAGAGACGCUCCUUGAUGCUCCGAUCCUUUUGGCGGAAGGAAGGAAUGAAUGGGCUUUGGUGGCUAGCCCUAAUAAGCCACCGGGGUAUAUAUGA